AUGGGCGCGGCGGCCGUGCGCUGGCACUUGUGCGUGCUGCUCGCCCUGGGCGCGCGCGGGCGGCUGGCGGGGGGCAGCGGGCUCCCAGGGCCAGUCGACGUGGACGAGUGCUCGGAGGGCACGGAUGACUGCCACAUCGAUGCCAUCUGCCAGAACACACCCAAGUCCUACAAAUGCCUCUGCAAGCCGGGCUACAAAGGCGAAGGCAGGCAGUGUGAAGACAUCGACGAGUGUGAGAAUGACUACUACAAUGGGGGCUGUGUGCACGAGUGCAUCAACAUCCCAGGGAACUACAGGUGCACCUGCUUUGACGGCUUCAUGCUGGCCCACGAUGGACACAACUGCCUGGAUGUGGACGAGUGUCAGGACAACAAUGGCGGCUGCCAGCAGAUCUGCGUCAAUGCCAUGGGCAGCUACGAGUGUCAGUGCCACGGUGGCUUUUUCCUCAGCGACAACCAGCAUACCUGCAUCCACCGCUCCAACGAGGGUAUGAACUGCAUGAACAAAGACCACGGCUGUGCCCACAUCUGCCGGGAGACGCCCAAAGGUGGGGUGGCCUGUGACUGCAGGCCCGGCUUUGACCUUGCCCAAAACCAGAAGGACUGCACACUAACCUGUAACUAUGGAAACGGAGGCUGCCAGCACAGCUGUGAGGACACGGACACGGGCCCCAUGUGUGGCUGCCACCAGAAGUACGCCCUCCACUCAGACGGUCGGACGUGCAUCGAGAAGGAUGAGGCUGCAAUUGAGCGCUCUCAGUUCAAUGCCACGUCAGUAGCUGAUGUGGACAAGCGGGUGAAACGGCGGCUCCUCAUGGAGACGUGUGCAGUAAACAACGGAGGCUGCGACCGGACCUGCAGGGAUACGGCCACUGGCGUGCGGUGCAGCUGCCCAGUGGGAUUCACGCUGCAGCCCGACGGGAAGACGUGCAAAGACAUCAACGAGUGCCUGGCCAACAACGGGGGCUGCGACCACUUCUGCCGCAACACCGUGGGCAGCUUCGAGUGCGGCUGCCGGAAGGGCUACAAGCUGCUGACCGACGAGCGGACGUGCCAAGACAUCGACGAGUGCUCCUUCGAGCGGACCUGUGACCACAUCUGCAUCAACUCCCCGGGCAGCUUCCAGUGCCAGUGUUACCGUGGCUACACACUCUAUGGGACAACCCACUGCGGAGAUGUGGACGAGUGCAGCAUGGACAACGGGAGCUGUGACCAGGGCUGCGUCAACACCAAGGGCAGCUACGAAUGCGUCUGCCCCCCGGGGAGGCGGCUCCACUGGAACCGGAAGGACUGUGUGGAGACAGGCAAGUGCCUUUCUCGGGCCAAGGCCUCCCCCUGGGCCCAGCUGUCCUGCAGCAAGGUGGGCGGUGUGGAGAGCUGCUCCCUUUCCUGCCCAGCCCACUCACUCUUCGUGCCAGACUCAGAAAACAGCUACAGCCUGAGCUGCGGCAUCCCGGGUCUCCAGGGCAAGAUGCCGCCGAAGCAUAACAACACCAGCUCCAGCACUGGGCCCAGCUGCUCAGGUGCGCCUGCCCCCGUCAGGCAGAAGGCCCGCUUCAAGAUCCGAGACGCCAAGUGCCACCUCCGGCCCCACAGCCAGGAGCCAGCAAAGGAGGCCCUGAGGCAGCUGCUGCUGGAAAACUGCCAUCUGACCUUUGUGACCCUCAAAUGUGACUCCUCCAAGAAGAGGCGCCGUGGCAAAAAGUCCCCAUCCAAGGAGGUGACCCACAUCACAGCGGAGUUCGAGGUGGAGACAAAGAUGGAAGAGGCGUCAGACACCUGUGAGGCGGACUGCAUGCGGAAGCGCGCCGAGCAGAGCCUGCAGGCUGCCAUCAAGACUCUGCGGAAGUCCAUCGGCCGGCAGCACUUCUCCAUCCAGGUCGCAGGCACAGAGUACGCGAUGGCCCAGUGGCCGGCCAAGGCCCUGGAGGGCCAGGGGGCGUGCGUCACAGGCCAGGUGUUACAGGACGGGAAAUGCGUGGCCUGCGGGCCUGGCACCUACUUCAGCGGAGAGCCUGGCCAGUGUGUGCCAUGCACGCCGGGGUCCUACCAGGACGGGGACGGCCAACUCAGCUGCACGCCAUGCCCCAGCAGCGACGGGCUCGGCCUGGCUGGUGCCCGCAACGUAUCCGAAUGUGGAGGCCAGUGCUCCCCAGGCUUCUUCUCCCCGGAUGGCUUCAGGCCCUGCCAGGCCUGCCCAGUGGGCACAUACCAGCCUGAGCCUGGGCGCACAGGGUGCUUCCCCUGCGGAGGGGGGCUGCUCACCAAGCACGAGGGCACAGUCUCCUUCCAAGACUGCGAGGCCAAAGUGCACUGCUCCCCGGGCCACCACUACAAUACCAGGACACACCGGUGUAUCCGCUGCCCGGUGGGCACCUACCAGCCCGAGUUUGGCCAGAACCACUGCAUCACCUGCCCGGGCAACACCAGCACGGACUUCGAUGGCUCCACCAACGUCACACACUGCAAAAACCAGCACUGCGGCGGCGAGCUCGGCGACUACACAGGCUACAUCGAGUCCCCCAACUACCCCGGCGACUAUCCGGCCAACGCCGAGUGCGUGUGGCACAUCUCACCGCCCCCCAAGCGCAGGAUCCUCAUCGUGGUCCCCGAGAUCUUCCUGCCCGUUGAGGAUGAGUGCGGCGACGUCCUGGUCAUGAGGAAGAGCGCAUCACCCGCAUCUAUCACCACCUAUGAGACCUGCCAGACCUACGAGAGGCCCAUCGCCUUCACCUCCCGCUCCCGGAAGCUCUGGAUCCAGUUCAAAUCCAAUGAAGGCAACAGCGGCAAAGGAUUCCAAGUGCCCUACGUGACCUAUGACGAGGACUACCAGCAGUUGAUAGAAGAUAUCGUUCGCGAUGGACGGCUCUACGCCUCGGAGAAUCACCAGGAAAUUUUAAAAGACAAGAAACUCAUCAAGGCCCUCUUCGAUGUGUUGGCGCAUCCCCAGAACUACUUCAAGUACACAGCCCAGGAGUCCAAGGAGAUGUUCCCGCGGUCCUUCAUCAAACUGCUGCGCUCCAAAGUGUCCCGAUUCCUGCGGCCCUACAAAUAAUGCCCUGCUCGGGGAUGGGGGGUGUCCCG